AUGGCUGGGGGGUCCCCACAUUGAUGCUCAUGGGGAUGCGGGAUGGGGUCAGCACUUGCUCACUGCCCGCUCCCCCAGCCCUGCUGCCCUACGUGCCCCAUGUACCCACCACGGCACUGCCGGGGAAGCUCACGGCCACCACCUUCGCUCUGGAGAGACCCUGCUGCAUCUUCGACCAUCAGGCCAACGCUUCCGAUGCCGUUUGGCUGGUGGUGGCGUUUGCCAACGCCUCGGACACCUUCAGGAACCCCCCGUCCCGGGCUGACGUGCCCCUGUACGAGCGGCUGCCCACGGCGCACUCCUACAUGACGCUGGAGACGCCGGUCCAUGCGUUCGCCUGCUCAGCACCGAGCCCGGCCCUGCUGCGCGUUGGGGGGGACACGGCAUGCAGGGGACAGGAGCCCUGCAAUGGGCCCCUGCCCUCCCCAGGGCCAUACAGGGUGAAGUUCCUGGUGAUGGGCUGCCACGGCCCCAAAGCAGAGACGAGAUGGUCCGACCUCAUCCUUCUUCGGAGAGCCAGCAGCCCGAGCACCAUCGACCCUGUGCCUGCACACCGCAGCAGCACCGUGGUGGUCAUCACCUCCAUCCUUGCCAGCUUGGGGGCCGUGCUGGCCGCCACGGUGCUCGGUGCCAUGGGCGCCAAGGCAUGGGGGUCCCUGUGCAGCCAGGAUUCAGGGACCAGCACCCACAGAUCCUACAGGACCCACCAUAUCCCCCCAGCGCUGUCCCGGCCCCCGGGUUGCCGGUGCAGCCCCCCGGGGCUGGGCUGCUUUGCCCCCCAGCCUCCUGCUCCGUGUCCUGCCGAGUAA